AUGCCUGGACAUAUCAAGCUUACCAAAGGAGCGGUUGACCCCGAUCCAACUGAAUUCUUGGUUCCUUCCAUUGAAAUGAAGAGAGCCGACCAGGCUAAGCCCUAUGACAACAAGAAAUCCGUCUGGAUCCCAGAUCCCAAAACUCAUGGAUAUCGUGAGGGAAUCCUUGAAUCUGGAGAAAUUGAUGAAGAUCCAGCUUGCAAGUGUGUUGUUUCUGUUGGCCAUGAGAAAUUUACUCAUAAGGCUUCUGAGGUUGGAAGAGUUAACCCUCCCAAGUUUGAAAAAUGUGAGGACAUGGUUAACCUUACCUUCCUUAAUGAUGCUUCUGUCUUCUGGAAUUUGAAGACUCGUUAUCAGGCCAAGUUGAUCCAUACCUACUCUGGUCUUUUCGUUGUGGUUGUUAACCCCUACAAACGUUACCCUCUUUACACGCAUCGUUGCUCUAAGAUCUAUUUGGGCAAGAGACGUAAUGAAGCUCCUCCUCAUUUGUGGGCUAUUGCUGAAACUGCCUAUCGUGGCAUGUUGCAAAACUCUAAGAAUCAAGCUAUGUUGAUUACUGGUGAGUCUGGGGCUGGAAAAACUGAGAAUACCAAGAAGGUUAUUACCUACCUGGCUAUUGUAGCCACUUCUUCAGGAAAGAAGGCUGAAAAGAAGGUCUCUCUAGAGGACCAGAUUGUAGCGACCAACCCUAUUCUUGAAUCCUAUGGAAAUGCCAAGACCUCAAGAAAUGACAACUCCUCUCGUUUUGGUAAAUUCAUCCGCAUUCAUUUCACUACCUCUGGAAAACUGGCUGGUUGUGAUAUUGUGUCUUACCUUCUGGAAAAGUCUCGUAUUACUGAACAACAAGAAGUUGAAAGAUCCUACCAUAUCUUCUACCAACUGAUCCAGCCCUAUGGUGAUGGCAUUGGAGGAGGACUAAGAGAGAAAUGCAGACUCAGUGCAGAUAUCUAUGAUUACACUUAUGUGUCCCAGGGUAAAACCAAAGUAGACUCAAUUGAUGACAAUGAAGAACUUGAAUACACUGAAGAUGCCUUCAAUGUUCUUGGAUUUGGAGAACAGGAGAAGUUUGAUUGCUACAUGCUUACUGCUGCUGUCAUGACUUUUGGAGGUGUUGAGUUUAAAACCAAGGGAAGAGAUGACCAAGCUGAGUGUGAGCAAACUGGACCUGAUACCUUCCCUGGAAAGGCUGCAGCUCUUUGCGGAGUUGACAGUAAUGCCAUGAUCAAGGCUUUCUGCAAACCCAGAAUAAAGGUUGGAACUGAAUGGGUAACCAAGGGUCAAACUUGUGAACAAGCUGGUAAUGCUGUGGGAGAACAACUUCUGCGCUGUACUUGA